AAUGACCUUGUACGUGAUGUUUAAUUUCAGUCGAAAACGAUUGUUUGUUUAAGGUUAUAUUGAUUAACGUGCGCUGUUCAGAGCUGGCGACACUCUGUGAUGUUGAGCAAUCAGAAUAUUUGGCCAAUGAAUUAUAGUUCAAGAGAAUCAUAACCUUACUGCCUAACAUCAUAAAGCACAAGUGUCAAACUACAUAGACUUGGCUAUCAUCAUAUGUUUUAUAAUUUUUUAUAAUAAUUCUCAAUUAUAAAUCAGAUCUAUCAAGUCACUGUUAUUCAACUAUGGCUGAUGAAGAUGAAGAUCGUUCUAAUGAAGAAGAUUUCCAGGAGUCUGAUUUUCGAAAUGAAGGUGUUGGGGAAGAGCUCACAGAUGUAGAGGUUGAAUCUCUGAAAAGGGAAUUGCAGUCAGAGAUUUCAGAGUUGGAAUGGGAAUUUAAACAAGUCAAGGAGUUACUAUACAAUGAAAGAUUAAUGCAAGCGGAGAACAAAUUAUCUCAAGCCAAAUCGGGUACUGCACCAGAAUUUCUUCAUGUCGUAUCUUUGGUCGAAGAAUCGUAUAAGAUUAGAUCACAGAAUACAAAACAACACUUCAGAAUGUUCGCCGACUUUGGAGUCACGAGCGGCAGCGCUUUGGGCCACUUAGUCGUCUCUGUGUGUAUGUGUUUUUGUGAUCAACAACAAACACUAUUCAGAAGUGGUAAUCCAAAUAAACCCGUGACUCAUUCUGUGUGUACCCCAUCAAAAGUGGCAAAAUACAGAAUGCGAUUCGCUGUGGAAGUAGUCAAUAAAGAGGUGGACAACGAAUUACUACUUGUUGAAUGUGAUGCCAAGGAGCGACUUCUAGCAGCUGAAGAACAGAUUCGUGUACGUCUUCAAGAGAGUAUCUGUAAACUUCAAUAUGAGCGUAUUGUUCGUGGAUAUAAAACUCCUAAAAAUGUUGAUAGAGAAUCUUCAAUAUCUUCAGAUCAAUCUGAUAUUUAUCUCCCCAGUCCAAAUCUUGAACCUCGAAGGAAACCAGUUACCCUAUCUCCAACCACUCCAAAACUUAUAUAUCAAAUUCCUGAGAAAGAUAUUCAAUCAGAUAUUGAGUUUAUUUUAGCAGCUGUGAAAAAACACAAAUUGGCCUUUGCUAUAUCUCAGUUCGACGGUGAGACGAUAUCAUUGUAAUAAAUGUAAAUAUAUAACUUUAACUUUAAGUUGGCAUUAUUUUAAUUUCUACCCUUCCUAUAAAUAAUAUAUUGUAUGUACUGAUUAAUAAUAUAUAAUUGUUAAACUAUUUAAUCUAUUAUGCAACCAUAAUUUUUAUCUCUAUA